GCUGGCAGUCAUGCGGGUGGAAACAGGAGGAGUGGGCAUCCGCUGCGCUGCUGCUGCUGCACGAAGAAGAAACUUCGAGGAAAGAUGCACGAAGAGGAGGAUGGCAGCGACGGGAACUCAUGCUCGGCUGCUCGGAUCGUGUCCUCCAGGUCUGUGGAUGUGGCGGAGCUGGAGGGGUCGAGGGAGCAGGCCUCAAGGCUGUGCGGGUUCUUGAACAAACUGUCCGGCAAGGGGCCUCUGAGGGGGUACAAGCCGAGGUGGUUCGUGUAUGAUCCGAGGAAAUGUUACUUGUAUUACUUCAAGACUCAACAGGACGCCCUGCCGCUCGGGCACAUCGAGAUCGGGGACGCGUGCUUCAGCUACGAUGUGGAGGGAGAGGAGGGUCAGUUCGAGAUCCGCACAGCUGGGAAGGAGUUUCUGCUCAAGGCUCCGAGCAGGCAGGUGAUGCAUUUCUGGCUCCAGCAGCUCCAGCAGAAACGUUGGGAGUUCAGCAACACUCGAGUCUCUGGCCAGAGAGACAGCUGGAGCUCUCCAACCCUUGCCUACCCGCCUACAGGCCUUGUGGGCAAAGAUAAUGAUCUGUUAGGCCUCGAGAAGCUUAGUGCCAGUCUUGAGAACAUCCGUAGUGACUUUGCCAUGGAGGCUGAAUCAGAAGGCGGGGGUACAGUGGGGAUCCAACCUGCCAGAGGACCCUCUGCUGCCUCCUCAAACACCCUCAACUUCUCCCUCAAAAACUUCAGUGCAGAACUCAGGAACUCCAUGUCUAUUCUUCGGCCGGGCAGAGGAGGUGAGAGCAGACGCAGUGUGUUUUACACCGGCAACAGCAACGCAGAGGAGUGGGAGCUGGUGGACGCCCCACCCAAGGACUUCCCUGAACAGAAGCAUCAUCCAGAUGCACACAGACAUUCCUUUGGAUCAGCAUUUACGUUCGACUUUGUGCGCAACUCGGCUCGACCUCGGAGGCCUCUGCUUCGUGACAUGAUGGGCUCCGGGAGGUUUGGAAGAAGCGCAGAAACGCGCAGUGCUGAAAGCUCCCCAGUGGAGGCCAAUGGAAGUAAACCUAUUGAGAUGCAGCUCCGCCUACAGAGUCAACAGGAAGAACUGAGCCGCAUGCAACAGGAACAGACCAAACUGAGAGAGGAGCUGGCCAGUCAGAAGGAGCUGGUGAGACUCCUGCAGCAGACUCUGAGGACAUCCCAGUGUGACAGACAACCAGUUCAUCACCCGGCCCCUACUCCGGCUCCAGAUCCAUCUGCAGCCACAGACCAGACGCCUGACUCAGCAAUGCCCCAGGAAGACAUCAACCAGUCUGAGAUGGUUCUCAAGGAGAAAGAUGGACAGAUCCAGGCUCUGUGUGGCCACAUGGAGCGUCUGGCCUUGGAGAAGGAGAGCCUGCAGCAAGAGCUGAAGGGUCUGAAGAUCAAAGUGGGCGAUAUUAACGACCAGCUGGGGAUGCUGAUGGAGACGAUACAGGCCAAAGAUGAGGUCAUCAUGAAGCUGUCACAGCAGGACAACGACCAGAGCGGCAGUCCAAAUGAUGCCGGGCCAGCAUCUCCGUACAGGGAUCAGCAGGAGCUGGACAUCCUGAAGGACAGUCUUCAAGGCUACAAAUCCCAAAACAAGUUCCUGAACAAAGAGAUCCUGGAGCUGACGGUGUUACGCAGGAAUGCAGAGAGCAGAGAAAAGACUCUAGAGGCAAAGUAUACAGCGCUGGAGGCCAAGCUGUGUCAGGUUGAGAGUAAGUAUCUGGUGCUGCUUCAAGAAGUGAAGACCCCGGUGUGUUCGUCGUCAGAGAUGAGUCCAGCCAGAGAGGUCAUUUCAAGAUUGUUAGAAGACGCUCUGCAGGCUGAGAGCCCCGACCAGCAGGAGCACCCCAUCUUUAAACCUAACUCUGUCAGCGAGUAUGACGUGUUCGGCUUCAAGACGGUCCCAGAGGAGGAGGAGGAAGAGGAGAAGCUAGUCGCCAAGGUGAGAGCCCUGGAGCUGAAGUCCCUCUCCAUGACAGACCAGGAAGUGUCCGUCGGGGUGAAGUGGGAGAACUAUUUGGCAAGCACCAUGAACAGAGACCUGGUGCGCUCUCCUGAGCUCAAAACCCUCAUUCGAUCCGGGGUCCCCCACGAACAUCGCUCUCAGGUGUGGAGAUGGUGCGUCUCCAUCCACGUGAAGAAGUUUCGGGACCACUUGGCGCCUGAUUAUUAUGAGACCUUACUAAAUGUGGCCCGGGACAAGCCUAACCCAGCUUCAAAGCAGAUCGAGCUGGACUUGCUGCGUACUUUGCCCAACAACAAGCACUACUCCUCCACAAGUGCAGGGGGCAUUCAGAAACUCAGGAACGUCCUGAUGGCGUUCUCCUGGAGGAAUCCGGAUAUUGGUUACUGCCAAGGACUGAACAGGCUGGCAGCUAUUGCCUUGCUCUAUCUGGACCAAGAGGACGCCUUCUGGAGCCUCAUAGCCAUCGUAGAGGUCUUCAUGCCGAGAGACUAUUACACAAAGACUCUGCUUGGCUCACAGGUGGACCAGCGUGUGUUCAAAGACCUGAUGAGUGAGAAGCUUCCCCGGCUUCAUGCGCACUUUGAGCUAUACAAGGUGGACUUCUCCCUCAUCACCUUUAACUGGUUCCUGGUGGUGUUUGUGGACAGUGUAGUGAGCGACAUCCUCUUUAAGAUCUGGGAUGCCUUUCUGUAUGAAGGACCAAAGAUCAUAUUUCGAUUUGCCCUUGCUCUCUUCAAGCACAAAGAAGAAGAGUUCUUGAAGCUGCAAGACUCCACGGCCAUCUUCAAAUAUCUCAGAUGCUUCACACGCACCAUCCUUGAUUCAAGGAAGCUGAUGAACAUCGCGUUUGGAGAUAUGAACCCGUUCCCCAUGAGGCAAAUUCAGAACCGCCGCUCCUUCCACCUUGAGAAAGUGCGUCUGGAGCUGACCGAGCUGGAGGCCAUCAGACAGACCUUCCUCAGGGAGAGAGAGACGAGUCAGGACAGGCGAAGCUUCGUCAGUGAUGACGAGGAAGAUAACUGACCCUAAGCUUGUCACAUUCUUGGUCUGAGGACAAUGAGAGUGGAAAGGGAAUAUUUUUGAAAGAAUUGCGUGAGUCGGUAUCUGAAGCAGAUUCUGAACAAUCCACCUCUUAUAGAAUUUUGGAUGAAAUCACAUUACAGGACCAAAACAUUACAAGCCAAAUAGGCUUCUAUCAGUAUUCCUGCCUUUUUAUUUUUGUAAGUCUUACUAAAUGAAUGCUUUUGUGUGUAUGUGACAGCCAAACAGUAUGCUCUGUCCACAGCUCUUCAACCUUCAGAACAAAGACACACUCUUUCAGUCCAAAUCAGUAUUUUUUAAACACAUGGCUGUGAUCCUAAAAUAGCUGGCAACAUUGUGCCUGUUGAAGGAAUGACAGUAAUUUUUUUACUCUGCUUUAUUAUUACAAUUCAGUUGUUGUUGUUUUUAGCUUAGUCUGCCUACAGUUCCUUUUAUAAAUGUCUUCAAGUUUUACUUGUUUGUUGCCACUUCACAACACAUCUGUUGUGUUUGCUCCUUGUGUCUCUUCAUGCACUUGAAUCAUUUAUGCUGAAUUCAGAAAUUCUGCUGCAUGUGAAGAUUAAGUCUUAGAGCCCUCUGACCACUAUGUCUUUCAAAAUUGCACAUAUAAAUCCACUCUCACAAGUGUUGGUGGUUAAAAGUAAUACACAUACAUUCAUCAUAAAUUGGCCCGGCGCUAUAUCACUAUUUUUAGGAAGACUUUUUUUGUUUUGUUGUGUUUUUGUCUCACCACGGAUUCAAAUCAAAUAACGAGGCUCACUCUGUUACACCUUUUUUUUUUUUCAACAUUCUUUUUAUUGAACAUUUUCAAAAUAUUAACAGUCCAGCACAGUACAUAUACAGGUUGUUUGAAAUAUGCAGCAAAUCCAAAUACAAAAUACAUCAGCAGAAAUGAUCCAAAAAUUCCUUAUUAGGUCUAGCAUUUCAGACAAUUGUCUCUUGAGUUCCCAGAUACUCCAACACCUUGGCAAACUUUGCUGUAAAAACGUCCAUCUGACCUUUAAUACAAAAUCUUAAUUUUUCCAGAGAGAUAUAUUCUGAUAUCAAUGAUUUCCGCAGAUGAAAUGAAGGAGGUUCCUCUCCUACCCAUUUGGUCAUAACAGCCUUUCGGCCCAGCAUAAGCAAAAAAUGAACAGUGUUCUUAUGUAUUCUUAAUGAUUCGGGGACACAUCCCGAUAGACACAAUAGUGGGUUGGGCUGUAAUUGUUGUUUAAUUAUUGACACUAACCUCAAUACAUAUGGUUUGCCAAAACUGUUGAACCUUUUCGCAUUCCCCAAGGCAGUGAAGUCUUAUCCCUAGAAUAGUCUUACAGUUUGGGCAGUUUGGAGAGGCCCCUGCUGUGUAUUUACUGUACAUGUAUGGAGAUAUAUAGACAUUUUGUAAGAUAUUAUAUUGCAUUUCUCUGAAUCUGUUACACAUGGAUAUUUUCGAAGGUGAAAGUAAGAUUUCUUCCCAUAUUUCAGUAUCUAUUGUUGUUUUCAACUGAGUUUCCCAUGUUUUCCAUAGGAAUGAAAGCCUGACUGUAUUCAAAUGUUGCAUCUUUAAAUGACAGACACCUUUUUGUUUCUGCGAUUUCUUUAUGGUAAACUUUAAUACCUGUAACUGUAGCCGAUGGUAGGUUUCCCAUAAGUCGAGCACAACGCUGAAACAUUUCACUUUGAAGUGAUACAACUAAACGUGAAAAGAACGCAGGAUAAAAUUUCUAGUCAUGAAAAAAUAACUUCUGGGUGUAGAAGACGAGAUCAGCAAAGGGAUCAGAGGUACCACUUUGUGUAAUGAGGUCGCAAAAAUGAACACAAACCAAAAGUUUAUCACAAGCUUUCACAUCCAUCAAGUCAAAGACAAAUGUUAAAUGUCUGUCUCCUUUUCACUCUGAGACCUUUGAACCCUAGGCACACAUUUCUUUAUUUUUGGCACCUUUUUUUUCUCUUCACAAUAUUUGUUCUCCAAUGUAAUCUGUUCCUUUCUGCAGGUGUCUGCUCAUGUAGUCUUAAUACUAUACAUUUGUCAUACCUAAGAACCACUGAAUGACCUAAAUGUUACCAAAAACAUCUUGAAAAAAUUAUGUUAUGCAUCUAAAUUCAUACGCAUACACUAAAAAAUGUCCUGACCACUGUUUUUGGGAGAAAGAAUCUGACUGUGACUUUGGAACUGUUACCGAAUUUGUGUAUUGAGACAUUUUAAUUCCCCUGCCCUAUAAUGGACUUACUGCUUCAAAAUGUUAAGUUUAUGUUUGCUUUGACAAUGUUCAAAUUUCUAAAACCUGAAACAAUAUUUUUUAGGAGACUUUCAGUACAUAUUUAGUGCUGGAAUUACUGAUCUGAGCACGCUCUGAAAAUGCGGAUGUGAUUGCAUUUCUGGUCCUCAGUGUGGCAGUAUAGCAUCUUUCUACACAGUGUUUACAUGGUUCACAGGUACCCUUCAUACAGUGUUUCAGAAUAGAAUAUAAUGUUUGUUUAAAUGAUUGUUUGGCAAAAUUUGAAAGCUGAUUUUUUUUUUUCAUGUGAGACGAUUUAUGAGUAUUUCAGGAGAUUGCUGGACACUUGUAGCAACAUAUUUCUGUCUUUUGCAUCCAGGUACUUGCUGAUGACGGUUUAGCAUUGUGACCAUAAUGCUCAGCACACCCAGUUAACUGAUGCUACUUUUUUGACACACAAGUGUGAAUUAUUACAAUAGUGCAGAUAUCAAAAGUUGUUCAGGAGGAUGUUUCACAUUGGUUCAACAAGCAGUGUAAAAAUGUGGAUCAAAUUGGUUUACGUUAGACCAAGUUUUAAUCACUUUAUGCUGUAUAAACAGUGUUUACAGUUUGUUGUUUCUCUCAUUCUCCUGUACUUUUAAUUUGAUUUCUAACUGCCCAACUGAACUUGUGAACAAACGGCAGGUUUGUGGUUGUUUUGAUGAGAGAGAUGAAUUGAGAAAAAGUUGCUGUAUUUUACAAGAGCAGGUCUCUCAGAAUACAAAUUCCAUGCAUCAUCUGAUUUAAAUUGAUUCAUUUUAAUCCUCUCAGUCUGUCAGAGAGCUUAUACGGUCACCUUCAAUGUCUUAUUUCAGCACACAGCUUUUGUGAGGCUUCCUCAGGCUGCUUCUCUCAGUUGAAUUUUCUCCUUGAAUAAGCUACCUUUCAUUUCACUGUCUUUCAUUUCCCUCUUUUUUCCCUCCUUUCUAGCAGUGUAUUGCACGAUUGAUGACUUCAGAAUAUUAUAAGGCUUCACUUUCUUGUAUGUAAAUCUCUGUGGCAUCAUGUUCAUCUGUUUCAUGUAGUGACGAGAAGUGCUCAGCUUUUAUGCCACAGCAUUACGUAUACAGCAACUUUUGUAUUACCAGUCGAGACUUUGAAUUCAAUUAAAAAAAAUGGCUGACUGAU